UGUCUUCCCGAACGAGGUUUUAUUGAUCCUUUUUAGUACAUGGGUUGAACCAUCGCAAACCUCCCCCAUUCAGACGAACAAAGCCAAUUUCCCUCUAUUUACGUUCUCUUCUCUCUCUCUCUCUUAUCAGUUAUCACUUUGCUGCAUUGUCUUCUUCUAGUUUGACAGAAUCUAAUAGUCUUCCUUCCACGCAUCUUUAAGUGUUGUCCCUCUCUUUGAACAUCUUUCUUUCCUACCCUUUUCCCCCUGUUUUCUGUUCUCUCGACUCCUUGCUACAGAAUAGAAACAAAGACAAAAUUAAACCCAACUGGCAACUGGAUAUCUUUGAUUGGACUGGUGUUUGGGGAGGGGGGAAAAAAACACAAAUCCAGAAACUGAAAUGCCAAUUAGAUGGGAUUUUCUUGUUUCUUUCCUCCAGUUAGUUCCUCUUAUUUCCCAGAAUUCAGUCUUGCUCUGCUCCAAGCUUCGUACUCUUUGUGUAUUAAGACCAUAGGAUAGGCACUAGGCAGCUUCUUUACUUCAUUUCUUGAUUCUUGGUUCCAUUGGUUCCGACCUCUGAGCUUGUAUUCAGUACUUGAUAGGGAAUUCCCCGUCUUCUUCAUCAACAAGUUGGUGAACCCAUUUGUUUUUCUUCAUUGAUAUUGCAUUCUGUGGAAGAACUUCCAAGACGUUUCAGACACUGGACCAGAAAGUUUGAAUUUUUGUAUCACUCUAGAUCAUUUGUGUAUAAUUUCCAUAUGAAGUUGAAACAAUGAGAGAUGGGAACUCGAAGAAAAGCAAGCUUUCAUGGCCCAAGACACUGGUCAAAAAAUGGUUCAAUAUCAAGAGCAAAGCUGAUGAUUUUCAUGCAGACGACGUCGUUUAUGGAGGUGUUGAUGAAGAAUGGAGGAGCAAUAUCUCAGAGAGAAAUACUUGCACCAUCAAGAAAAGCAAAACAGAAAAAUCAAGUAAAAGGAGCUCCGACCGUAUCGGCCGUGGAAAGAUUGACCUCGAUGCUUCCCAGGUCACAGAUGUGCAAAAUUAUAGGAUAUUUGUAGCUACAUGGAAUGUGGCUGGAAAAUCUCCACCUAGUCAUUUGAAUCUGGAAGACUGGCUGCACACAUCACCUCCUGCUGACAUCUAUGUUCUCGGGUUUCAAGAAAUUGUUCCUUUAAACGCUGGUAAUGUCUUGGGCACAGAAGACAACGGGCCAGCUAAAAAAUGGUUAGCACUCAUUAGGAAAACUCUGAAUAGUCUUCCGGGCACAAGUGGUGGCUACUACACGCCUUCCCCAGUCCCUGAUCCUAUUGUGGAACUGGAUGCUGACUUUGAAGGGUCAACUAGACAAAAGGCCUCUUCUUUUUUCAAUCGCCACUCCUUCCAGUCACUUAGCCGUAGCAUGAGAAUGACAGAAAAUGAUAUGUCAAUGCCGCAGCCUCGACUUGAUCGUCGAUUCAGUGUCUGUGACAGGGUUAUGUUUGGGAACCGACAAUAUGAGUUUGAUCCGAAUGUCAGAUGGGGAGGGUCAUCUGAUGAUGAAAAUGAAGAAGGUGAGUCACCUUGUUCGGCACACUACUCACCAGUUUCAUACAAUGGUUCUGUCUCAAUGGAAGAAAGAGAGAGACAACCUGGGCAAUCAAGGUACUGUUUGGUGGCAAGUAAGCAGAUGGUUGGGAUUUUUCUCACUGUAUGGAUAAAGAGUGAUCUAAGAGAUGAUGUCCGCAACAUGAAAGUGUCUUGCGUGGGCAGAGGAUUGAUGGGUUAUCUGGGAAACAAGGGUUCAAUUUCGAUUAGCAUGUCUUUGCACCAAACAAGUUUCUGCUUCAUUUGUAGUCACUUGACCUCUGGGCAGAAGGAGGGUGAUGAGCUGCGAAGGAAUGCUGAUGUCAUGGAAAUUUUGAGGAAAACAAGGUUUCCAAGAGUUCGUGGCAUGGGAGAUGAAAACUCUCCUCAAACUGUUCUCGAGCAUGAUCGAAUUAUAUGGCUUGGGGACUUGAAUUAUCGGAUUGCGUUAUCCUAUCGAACUGCCAAGGCACUGGUGGAGAUGCAGAACUGGAGAAUGUUGUUAGAAAAUGAUCAGUUGAGGAUAGAACAGAGGCAAGGUCGUGUCUUUGAUGGAUGGGAUGAAGGAAAAAUAUAUUUUCCCCCCACGUACAAGUAUUCAAAUAAUUCAGACAGAUAUGCUGGCGAUGAUAUGCACCCAAAAGAGAAACGGAGAACACCUGCCUGGUGUGACCGUAUACUGUGGUAUGGCCGAGGCAUCCAACAAUUAUCUUAUGUUCGUGGUGAGUCAAGGUUCUCUGAUCACAGACCAGUGUACAGUAUUUUUUUAGCAGAGGUUGAGUCCAUUAGUCGUAGCCGAAUCAAGAAAAGCAUGGGUUGCUCCAGUUCACGAGUUGAGGUUGAAGAGCUAUUGCCAUGCUACCAUGGAUACAGUCAACUAGAUUUUUUCUCCAGCAUGAAUUCUCAGUGAAGGACUCAUUCUCACCAACUGAUUUGAGAGAAAUUGACUAUCUAAACCAGAUGAAGCUAUUGCUCUGCAAAUAGCUUCUAAAAUAGGGCGGCAUUGACACUCAUAACGCGAGCAGUAAUUCAAAUCAUGUGAUUGGUUAAUCUGAAUCUGUUUGCCAUCAUAACAGGUCAGCGGAUAAGAUUGCCUGAACUGGAAGACCGAAUCUGGCUGUGCCACAUCCCAGAAGAAGGUUGCUUCUCAUUUAGUGAUGACCAUGGUUUGUCUGACUCAACCCAAUAUUUCUGAUGUCCAAUCUUCCCGGAGAUUUUUUAUUUACAUGUACAGAAAAAGACCUCUUGCAAUAAAGGUUGAAAAUAAAUUUGUCAACCGGAAAAAGUCAGACUUGGUUUUGUAUGUCUGAUUUCGUUAGCUUAAUGGUUUGCAGGACUCUGAUGCAACAUCGGUGAUAUGGCUGGUGAUUUUAGAUAGUUAAUAGUAGUGAUUUUUUCCAGUGUAGAAUAUUAGGAAUUCAUUAGAUUGAGAAAGUAGCUGAGGAACAAUAAUCUGUAAAUUUUGCUGCAAUUUUCUACCGCCAGAGAGAGAUUUUUUUAUUUUUUUUUUUAUAGACGAUACAAAACGUAAAGUCAAAGAAGAAGAUGAUGUGAAUCAAAGCAUUAUGUGUUGCUUGC